UUUAUAUUUUUCUUUCUUUCUCUUUCAUAUAUAUUAGAUGUUUAUUUUACCUUUUUAUUUCUGUACAUGUUUUUUAUUAAUAAAAGGAACUUUUGCCUCUUUUAACUUGUUGAAUAAAAGACAAGCGAUUGCCUCAAGGACUUGCGGUGAACAAAACAAUACAGUCUCUAUAUGUUCACCUUUUGAUACUUCUAUAUGGUACAACGAUACUGAUCAAGCAAUAACGUGGAAAUACAAUAAUCCAGUAUUCACUCAAUACACGGAACUGGAUUUAUAUUUGCUUUCUCGUAACUCAUCUUCGGACGAAUACGAAACAGUAAAAAAGUGGGCCAAAUUAGAGAAAUCCAAAGGAAUUAUUGUACAACAUAUCGACGACUCUUGGUACCCGACAUCCUUAGCUGAUAAUUCAGGCGAUAGACCUCUAACAAUGUACAUGUAUAUUGUUGGUGCUGAUCUUGAUCUUCAAACUGACCUUGAUUUAAUACCAACAGAACAUAACUUCUUUCCUGCUCCACAACCUUUUACUUUAAUUCAAAAUUCUCGUAACACCACCACCACUAACACGACCUCGACUCCAACCGACACAACAAGGUCUAGCCCAACCAACACAGAGUCUAACGAAUCAAAUAUACCAUCUUCAAGUAAAAAAUUAGCUGGCUGGGCUAUUGCUGUCAUUGUCAUUGUCAUUGUCUUAUUCUUUUUGACGUUGGCUGCCUUGAUAUGGGCAUAUAAACGUUACAAGAACAAGAAGCAGUUAAAUGGUGCCACCGCAAAAAAUAUGGGUGCAGAUGAUGAAAAAAUACCUGUAUUAACUCCUAAUAAAAACGAGUCGAACGUGGCUAUUGCAACAAGUGUCACAACUGCAGCAGUUGCUGCAAAAGGAGACAACCGAGAUAUCGCUUCGAUUCAUUCAUCUACACAACAGUUAUGGUCGCCAAGAUCACUUUCACCAAGACAUGAUGAAAUUUCGUUUAUCACUACAUCAGAAAAACCUUUGCAACAACCACUGGGUUUACAUAGUGAAGCCAAUCAAUCGAGUAGCAUACUAUCUUCUACAGAUGCCUUGAUGAUUGCUGAUACAUUUAGACAAUUUAUGAGAAAACCUGAUUGGAACGAAGAACUAGAAUUAAAUGAACAAGCGAAAAAGAAAAUAUCAACAAAAGAAGAUAUCUGAUCUUAUUGUUUGUACAUCAGACAUAAAAAUAAAUAAACAAUUGUAAAACUGUAUGUGCUGCUGUUUUUUCUGUUUUUAUUUACUGUUCACAUGACAUCCAGCAUCUCCUUAAAUACCCGAAUAAAAAAAGAAUGACGUCAGAAUUUUCCUUUGGCUCUUUCAUUAGAAAUGACCUUACUUGGACCAAACAGUGUAGAAACCGUGGCCAUGGAAACAUUUCUAAGUUUC